GGAGGAGCUGGAAGAUGGCGGAGCCGGGGCCGGACUGCAGCGCGCUUCUGGACGAAGAGCUCUCCUCCUUCGUCUUCAACUAUCUCGCCGACAGCCAGCAUGAAGUGUCUGGUGAGGAGCACCUUUAUUCUGAUUUCCCGGAGAUCGAUUUGUCCCAGUUGGAUGCUGGUGACUUUGACUCAACCAAUUGCUUCAGUGAGUUACAGUGGGAUUGUGAGCGCUCUGAAACAGAGUCCAGCCAGUAUAGCACAGAUGACUCCGAACUUUUUCAGAUUAUAGACAGCGAGAAUGAAGCAUUGCUGGCGGCUCUCACCGAGACACUGGAUGACAUCCAGGAAGACGACAUGGGUCUGGCCGCUUUCAGAAAUAUGGACGAGGGGGACAUGCCCAACAGCGGCUGCACGUCACCCACCCCCUCUCCCAAACCUGCUGCCCCUGUCACGAGGGGGCCUUCCCUGGCCCCAGAGGUUGAUGAGCUGUCUCUACUGAAGAAGUUGCUUCUUUCUCCACCCAAUGUGCCUCCAAGCUAUGAGGUUCAGAAAGAGGGGAGUGCAUGGAGACAAGGAGCUCCCAAAUCCAGACCCCAGAGACCCUGUACAAAGGUGGAAGGUGGCCAUGACAGAAAGCCAAGCUUCGUCCAGGCUCAAAGUCGGAAUUGCACCGAACUUCAUAAGCACCUGACUUCCACCACCACCGCUGUCGCCGCCACCACCCACUGCUCUCCCACAGAAGCCAGCUGGCCAUUGGAUCAGCAUUGUGGCGGCAGCAGCUGCAGUAGCAGCAGUGAGCCUCCCAGACAUGGCGGUCCCAGUGGAGAGGAGAGUGACUCUGGUGAUGACUUGCUGAAUUGCAGUCAUGUAGGGACAGCUCUGCCCUCCUCGGUGGAAGGCACCGGAGAGAAAGAACUUCACGCUGCCGUGGAGCUCAUCCGCUACAUGCACACGUACUGCCUUCCCCCAAGAAAGCUGCCCCACACAAACCUUGUUGAGAUGAAACACCAGCGUUUUCACAGCCCCUCCAAAAGAGCCAAGCCAGAUGGGCCCCUGCAGAGGCCUCCGCUCUGCGGCAAGGACCGCUGUCCCUCUAGGGCUUGGCCUUUCCCUUUUUCGGGCUGCAAACAGUCCAGAGCUCCCGCUUCUGACUUCUCCAUCCUGAAAGAGCUGCUUGCCAGAGACCUCCCCUGUGAUGUGAGCAAGCCAUACAGAUUGGCCAAGCCUGUGUAUGCCUCCUUGGCCAGAUCCCAGCCCCAAAAAUCUCCACGAGCCCCAGCUGCUGAGACCGGAGGGGGGUCUGUGGAGAUGUGCACGUUCACAGCCAAAACACCACCGGAAGCGAAGACCGAGUCAAGGCAGGCCCCCAAAACAGAGCCUGGGACUAAGAAGGAAAACAGCAGCCCUGCAGAAGAGAGUGGGGCCAAGCAGGGGACUCCGCCGGUCCAGGUGGCCUCUGGCAAGGCAAGCCGCAAGCAGGAGAGCUGCGUCUAUGCAGUGCGGCGCUCUAAAAGACUCAACCCGGAGCUCAGUCUCUGGCUAUCAUUCCUGGAUGAGCCUCCUGCAGACCCUGCUGUGUCCACAGCGAUCGCAGGGAACACGUUUGCCUCCUCAGAUCCUACCGGGUGCUCCACUUUACGGAACUUUGACGCAGAAGCACCAGCAGCAGAGGUAGAAGUGACUGGUGUGGACGAAGUGGACAGCGGGUAUCAAAGCCUCCCGAUGGAGCUGCAGACCCCUUCGCCUGAGAGCUCAGGGGAGAACGACGUGUUUGAAAUGAACGAGGGCCAGUGCUGUGCCCUCUUGCAUCAAGCAGAAGCACCAAGAUGUCUGCCGCUGCCCUUGGCACAAACAGAACCAACCUUUGGGAAGCGCAAUUUCGAACAAGUGCUGACUGUAGAACUGUGCGGCACUGCAGGUCUCACACCACCAACAACUCCACCAUACAAGCCUUCAGAGGAGGAACUAUACAAGCCAGACAUUCACCAGAGGCCAGCAAAGGAGAUGUCCAUCACUGCCAGCAUGGAGCCACCACUAGUGACAGGUGAUGGGGAAAUCUCCAGGAAGCACCAGAAGAAACACCCAGUGCGGACAGAGCUUUAUGCACACCUGAGUCGGGCGGCUGCCCAUCCCUCUCAACCUGAGCAACCUGUGGUGUUGAAGCGCCCCUUUUCACGCUCCUUCGGUGACCAUGACUAUUGCCAAGUCUUGAAGCCUGAGGCCUGGCUCCAGAGAAAGGUGCUGAAAUCCUGGGAGCCUGUCAGCCAACAAAAGCAGAGAAUGCCGGAUGUGCCCCGUCCGGAAGUAAGCGAGCAGGGUGCUGAGAAAACCUCGGCAAAGAAGGGCAGCCAACUGCUGCGAGACCAGGAGAUCAGAGCCAGCUUAACAAAACAUUUUGGCCUCUUGGACAGUGCCCUAGAUGAUGAUGAGACGGCCUUCUGCAAGACUCCUGACUAUGACACAGUCUUUGAGGACAGCUGCAGUGAGAUUGGUUCCCCUCUGGAGGAAGAAGAGGAGGAGGAGGAGGAAGAGGAGUGCUGCAUGAGCCCAUUGGAAUCCAAGAUGUGUCCAUACAAGAAUUCUCUUUCGAGGACCAGUUUGCACUACUGUUCCCAAAGCAGGUCUGAUUCAGAGUCUUCAUGCUGCAGGUCCAAGUCUCCAACAAGCCGAUGGGCGUUCAGAUGUGAAAACGGAAAGCACCGCCAAGAUGGAACUACAAGCAAUCGGGGGAAAAUGGAGAAGAAAAGAGAAAAAGCUAUUGGAGAAGGCCGGGUCGUGUACAUUAGAAAUCUUGCAAGCAGCAUGAGCUCCAGUGAACUGAAGAAACGCUUUGAAGUGUUUGGAGAGAUAGUCGAAUGUUGUGUUUUGACCAAGAAUAAAAGGGGAGAUAAAUAUGGCAUCAUCACGUAUCGAUGUUCAGAACAUGCCGCCUUAUCCUUGAAGAAUGGUGCCUCCCUGAGGAAAAGAAAUGAGCCCUUGUUCCAGCUGAGUAAUGGUAGUUUGGGGCAUUUCUUUUGGACCAGAUACACUGAUUUGGAUUCCAGCAAGGAGGAGGAGUCUCCCCCAUCCCCACUGAAAAGCAAAUAUGAGACCAUGGAUUUCGACAGCCUGCUGCAGGAGGCCCAGGAAAGUCUGCAUCGGUAACAGCCUUAACCUGUGAGGAAUACCUCAAUACCUCAGUCAAGGCACUUCCAAUAUGUUUACGUUUUCAAAGAAAUGAUUAAGUAUACAACACGAACGAGAGAGAUUGAGAGAGAGAGAGAGACUGUUGUCCUUUUUAACUUGAUGUUUACAUUGAACAAGCUGCUUCUGUCUGUGAGUCCCCAUGGUGUUGAUGUUCCACUGCCACACAUUAGUAUCUUUGCUUCUGAUUGGUUGUGUUAGAAUGAGCCUGCAAAAGCCUCCUGUUCCCUCCUUGUCCGUCCCCCUUUCUCCAACUGGCCCCGCUUCCCUACUUCCGCUGUGGAGUGGCAGCUGUGUUCACCAUUUCCUCUUCUUCUCUCUUUUUCUUUCUUUCUUUUUUUGUCUGUAGUGUGUGAUGAUGAAAUUGUUAAUUGUGAAUAGAAUCAAGAUUGUAAACAAAUUUUUAAUAGAAGAAAGAAAUAUAUACUUAUAAUGUAUUUAUGGCUCAGAUGUACUGUAAUUCAGAUUUAUUGUACCGCUUCCUUGAUUUUUAACUAUGCACUGUAAUGAGGCACUUGCCCCUCAAGCAGAUGUGGCCCCAUCUAGAAGGGUCUCCUUCCGUUAGAAGCUCAUCUGAAGCCGGGUUCCCCUCCUUGGUGAAGCAUUCAGUCUUGCCCUUAUCAAAGUGGGUUUGCAGGGUAGCCAUUGAUGUGGGGGAAAUUCUGGGAUGUCUUCUUCCCAGCCUCUGGCUGCACAAAAAAUGGCUAAACUGAGAUUCUGCAGUCUAGAGCUGGCUCUGAAUGGAUCAGAGUGGGGCCCUCAGGUAGCUGUUGUUUAAGAAUGGUGUGAGGGAAGAGGAGAUGUUGUAUUCCCCUCCUCUUUAUGCUGCAUUGGCAGCAGUCCCAAAGCAGGGGAAGUGCCAUCUGCCUUCCAAGGCCAUAAAACCAUUCACAGGAAAAAGCACGCUCCCUCAGACCAAAGGCCUGCCUGUUCCACCAUCCUGUUUCCCAUGGAGUCCGACCAGAUGCCUGAAGGAAGCCCAUGAGUACGGCUUGAAGGCAGUUUCCCUUUACCAUAGCUGUUCUCCAGCAGCUCAGAGUAGCACAGCCUCUGACCGUAGAGGCAACAUAUAGCCAUGGUGACCAGCAGGCAUAGGACUGACUUACCUUCCAUGCACAAGUUUUGUGAUGAGACUGAGAAGGUCUGAGACCAGCCUCCCAGGAUGAUUAUGCCAAAAGUUUAUUAGUGCUGCAGAUGCUGUAAUAGCUGCCACUGUUUGAUGAGGUCUGAAAAUACAGGUGGUUUAAGGUACAAGAAGAUGGAGCAGUUCAUUCACGUUCAUCACAUCACUAGUAGUCUCAGGAAUAGUUUUUUAAGCAUCUGGUCAUCUAACCAAAGGAAAAUCUCUUGCCUGGUGAGGGGCAGGGGGAGGCCAUUUCUGCAAGAUCCAACAGAAGAAGGGUCAAACAAAUCCUUGCCCAUCAGCUGGCUUUGAGUACAUUGUAUUCAGAUAUAGCUAACAGCCAUGGAUCAUCAGCCAAAUGUCCCUGCAAAUGCUACCAUCUCUAUGAGCUGAGUCAAAUAAGCCAUAAAACUUAAAGUCAUUGCUCAAGCUUCUCUCUCUUUCCCACUCGCUGCCAGAUUUAGAUUUGGCCCUGUGUAACUGAUAAAGAAACAAAGGAACUUGGCAUUCUGUACCUUAGGGUGAUUUGAGCAAAUUUAUUGGGAAGAACAGGGCUCUUGGUUGUUGUUCAAGAUGCUGGGGCAGAGUAUGUGUGUGAACUAUAUGCUUGGAACCCAGAAUGGGCAACCUAUAGAAUGAGCCUCCACCCUCAUUCUAUUUCAAAGCAGUCAGUGCUUGCCAUUGUUGGAGGCAGGACACAGUAUUGAAUGCAUAGCAUUUUAAAGCAGGCUGGCUGUCCCAGUGCUGUGCUUGGGUUUUAAUGAUCAGGGACAUGAGAGAGGGAGAGACCUAGAAACCAACAGAAGAGAGAGCAUUUUCUAGUAGGGACCAAAUAAUCUUCCUAAGUGCUCCAUCAGCCACUGCAUCUUUGUUCCAUCCUUCACAAAAAGGGAGGCCUCUGGGAUUCUGCCAUCCCAUGUAGAUAGACUACAACAGCCUUAAUUCUGCCAAUAGAUAGAUAAUCUUCCCUGAAGGUCUCUCAAUCAUAAACCUGCAUUUCGCUUGAAUGAAAAAGGCACAGAUUGCCAAAGCCCCUGGCAACUGCCUGGUUCAGACCAAACUCGUGCCGUCCGAAGGUGUGCCUCUCCUUUUAUCUUGGGAGUGGGCACAUGUCAGCAAUGCCAUGAAUUAAGUCAAGGGGCCUGCUUGUAUACUGUCGCAUUUGCACUAGUCAAUUCUUGACUCUCAUCCCCCCACCCCCAUCCUUUGAGUAGGGCUUUUAUAAAAUAAGAGAGUUCAUUUCACCAAUAGCUGACAGAUUACGUUGCUGUAUUGGAAUGGCUGCUGUUACAUUUCUUGUACCGCCCCCUGUUUAGGAACAUCUGCAGCAAUUACAUCCUAACCCCUGUAAUCAGCCCAGAGCAAAGAUUAGUCCAGACAAUGCAUCUGUUAUUGGCAAGUGCCUCAUUGUAGCUCUGCCUUUUUCUGUCCUAGUAUUUCCUCACCACAAUGAUGUUUACAUGUGAUUGCUCUAGAGCUUACUGUAGAAUGUACAUAGCGACACAUUUAGGAUGGGUAGGACUGUCCUGUCCUGUGCUGUGCCGAUGUUUUCAGAAAACAAUCAAACAGAUGAAGAAGCAGAAGAAAAGAAUAAUAACAACCACCCCAACAAUCAGUAAGUGGAAUUCUUCCAUCUCCUGGGCCAGCUUAUCUAAGGCAAAUCAGAGUUCCCGGAUGGCUUUGUUCAGAGAGAUGGAAAAUGCAUCAAAGUGUAAGCAUGUUGAAAGUGCUGAAUGCAGCUGCAGAAGGGAGGGAGAAGGGUCAUUCUGCUAUCCAGAAGGAGCUGCUUUUGGUGUGAAUUGCUUUCCAACACAGCUUUGUACUUACCUGGUUUUGUAUCUCAAGUUACUUUCCAGAGGCUGGACUUCCCAAUGACAUCAGAGCAUGCAUAUGCACACUCUUGGGGAAGAAGGGAAGAUCCUGUAACGCACAUGCCCUCUUUAUCCUAGGGGUAGGGAGAGAUGCAAUAAGUGGUCUUUGUGUUGCCUGAAGCCUAUAAGAGUUUUAUUUCAUUUUGUUUUUGCAAGAAACUGUCGCUAGAAACUUUAUGCAAUAUGCACACCCAUGCAAAAGCGCACACAUGUAUGGGGAGGGGAAAGGUAGUGAUGGGGUCCUGAACCCCUCUCACUGCUGCUGCUGGGCAGAGCAAACACUGUGAGCCCCAGCAGUGUUGAAUGUAGAAUCGGAAUGGUAGGGUUUGAAAAGCACGCACAUUUAAUGCUGGUUAUGGCACACAACGGCCCGUGGCUUGUUAUAAUGGCUAUCGGAAGCACAGAAACGUUUGUACCAACCACGCAGGGAACAGCAUGUGGAAAUCUUCUGCUUUAAUUUACUCUUCCAGAAGCUUGGAAAGUUGCAGCCCCAAACAAGAAUGUUUGUGGCAAGAGAUCUCCAUCAGAGUACUCCCAACAGGAACUGAAUGUAUUGAACAUCCUCUGUUUUGUAGAGCAGGAUAUUGCAUGGAUCCACAUGUGUUGCAAACAGAUAUUGAGAUGCUGCUGAUGAAAAGCUCAGUUCUUUAUGAACAGGAAGCUAUAGGUCAUAUAAGAGUCACUAGGAUAGAACAUGAUAGAUAGAACAGUAUGGGUCAAUGCGUUUGUGAACAGACCUGUGGAACUUGUGAUCUGUGGCUACAAGUGGAGGCUUCAAAAGUCUAAGGUGGAAAAACAGGACGUUUAUGGUCCCAGCCUAAAACACAGAGGAAGCAUUUUGUUCAUACUAUAAGGAGCAAAUUCUAAGCCUGAAGCCACUGUAAGUAUACACAACUCGCCAAAUUGAGUUUAAAGCUGGCAAAGGAAAAGGGAAGGCUAUUCUUUCUGUAUAGGACAGAAUUAGAAUGAGUUUUACAUCCCACUAUAGCCAUAACUGCCGCUAAGAUGUUCAGGCAGAUUCACAUUUGGUGCUGUACUCUUCAGCUUGUUUUGACUUCUCAUGGGCAGUGCAUGGGAGUUCCCCUGGCCAGUUAACUACAGGAGGAGAUUUAUUAUCUGAAUGGCAUUUGUCUCUCUUAGAAACAGCGUGUUGUUGUUGUUUAGUCGUUAAGCCGUGUCCGACUCUUCGAGACCCCAUGGACCAGAGCACGCCAGGCCCU